CGUUUGAAGACUAUUUCACUUUCCCGCAGAAAAUAGGGUGUCGAAUCUGUCCUAUAACCUCCUAUAUAUUUAUUACUAUUUAAAGAUCGAAAAUGAAUCUUUUAUGAUAAUUGUGGAUUAAUUCAUGUAAAGGUUGUUCUAAGUGAUGUUGUGUAAGAUCGUUUGUGUUCUUGCGAUCACUCUGUAGCGUUUUAAAAAAUUAAACAUGGCCUCGAACCGAGGAAUUCAGAUCGGAUCCGCGUGGUUUCAACGGAAGCUGAACUUGAGGCCACAGCACCGGGGCGUGCACCUCGUCACUGAGGAGAUCCUCAAGCAGGUGCCGGAGCUCUCGCAGUUUGCUGUCGGCCUCUGCCAUAUCCAGAUAAUGCACACCUCGGCGAGUCUCGCGCUCAACGAGAGCUGGGACCCCGACGUCAGGGAUGAUAUGGAAAUGAUGCUCAACAAAAUAGUGCCAGAGGGCCUGCCUUAUCGACACUCGUGCGAGGGGCCUGACGACAUGCCAGCCCAUGUGAAGGCUUGCUUCCUUGGGUCCUCACUGACAAUCCCCAUCACGGAUGGAAAGCUGAACCUGGGCACAUGGCAAGGGGUUUGGCUCUGCGAGCAUAGGAAUCACGCUGGCAGCCGAAAGGUGGUAGUGACGCUGUCGGGCUGCCCGCGCGACUCGCCGCUGUCGCCCGUGUCGGCCGCGUCGUGUUCCAGUUAGGAGCGGGGGGGGGGCGCGACCCCCCACACUCACUCUCACUCGCGCCCCUCCUCCAAGAGCACGCGGAGGUAAACCCCGCGCCGACACCUUUUAUAUCCCGCACUUAAUAUAGACAUAGUUCUUACUCUUAUCUUGGAACGACAAUAUGUACAUAAGAUUAAUAUUUUGUAACGCUUCGCGGGCCACCUCGCGCCGGACGGCCCACGACGCUCGGCUCCUAUUUGUAAUAUAGCGGCAUAGGAAUUGAAGGCGCUGCGGCGCCGCCGGCUCGAGCCGCCCGUCCCGAGGCGAGGUGCCGCGCGAUCACUCAAACCUAAUAAUGUUACGUUCAGUCGAGACUACUGGACCCGUUGAACUUGUACAUAGACAUUAUGUGCGAUGGUUUUAAAGUAUACAUAAAGUAAUUGUUGUUUUGUUAUUGCAACUUGUCGAUAUAAUGUACAUAGAUCACGCGUGGACGUUGUGACAUUCCGCUUCGUAGGUACGGUUCGGUCGAUGAAAGGUUCAUGUGGCAUCUACUUUCACCAUUAUUAAUCAUAAACAUAAUAAAUUAGGACAAAGUAUGAGAUAAGGAGUAAUGAUUUGAAUGGAUCGAAUAUUUUCACUACUGCACUCGUUCAAAUUUUUUCAAUGUACACUGGGAGACACUAUAUUUUUGAACAUGGCUGCACAUUAGACAUUUUAUGGAUUCGGACACUCAUUUUACUACACCAAUUUUGUACGUAAUCGCACUGGUUAACGGUCAGUUCGUGUAAGUUUUAAGAGCUGAAUGUAGGUUUAUAUAGUUAAGUACUUUAUACGUGUACGAUAGCUCCCUUCUCUCUCCGUGUUAGGUUAGACUUUAUUAACGAUUAGUACGUGGAACAUGUCCAUAGCUUUAAUUGUGUCACACCCGUUGUAUCAACGGGUCCUUCGCGGGAUGACAACAGCUAACAUUUGGUACCACUAGUUAGUAGUUGUAUAUCAUUACUCUUAAGAUCAUGUAAGUGCCUCGGAUUUAUGGGGUGGUCACGUAUCAUUUGCAGACUCGUUUCCGAGAGCCGCGCGAGUCGCGUCAGACUGAACCACAGCAGCUCACUACCGCUCCUAAGUGUUCUGUUCCACUGUUCCACACAUCUGUUGCAACGUUUACGUACUCAUUACGUGGUUUAUAUUAAAGCUGCAAUAAUUUCCUUCAUUACCAAAUGUACUACUGAUAAGUUCAACAAGUUAAUUUCGCGAUGUCUAUUAAAGGCGUAUGUGUAUAGUUGUAUGUCUUCCUAUGUAAGUUCCAUCACAUAAGACAAGUAUAGCGUAACGUGUCGAAGUAAUGUAACAAUGUGAACGGUAUUAGGGUAUACAAACAUCACCUUUAUAUCCGGCCACAUCUAUAUUAAUUAGAUAUUGUAAUAAAAUAAUCGCGAUAGGGGCUCCAAAUUGAAUCUAAAUUUGAGCAUAGUCAUUAUUAUACAUAGUUAUCAGGUGGAGUAAUCAGUAGCGGGUGUUUUAUAUGAUACGAGACGUAGUGGAAAUUACAUAAUGUAAUUCAUUCACUCAUUUUACAGGGUUGAGAACCUUGUCGUUUUACAGGAAUUUAUAAUAUUCAUUCCAUGUUCGACAUUCCAUCAACAGCGGAACUAGUAGAGUGGCCGGGGCGCCUGAGGGCUGCCGCGGCGCUUGCGACCGUUUCGUUGCGUUCGGCUUUAGAUGUCCCAUCGAGAUCGCUUGUGUGGCACAAUUUUACACUUGAAACUUAGUUAGGAGUUAAUAAAUUAUAAAUAGUAGGGUACAGUUGCGUUAAGUAAAUAUAAAGCGGUGUUGAGAGCGCACACGACACGCGACGCCGCGUCACGCCGCGCACACCUUGUUUUGAUACCGCGUUGUACAAAGUGUAGAUGUGUCACGUCGCCGCGCGACAACACACUGUUCAGCUCAUGGACACUUAGACUUACUUCACUUAGGGAGCUUGUUGUACGUUCAUAUUCGGGCUUUUGAUAGAUUCACUUAAACUUUACGAUUUUUUCAGUUAUUUUUGAUCAUAUAGACAUAGGAAAUGUUUUUGGAAUUAUCUAAACAGCUUUAUAAAGCUUAAUUAAUUAUGCUUCGAUUGGAUAUUAUAUUGUUUAUUAGUUAUCAAUAUAAACUUUUAUCUACUAUGCAUGAUCAAUGUACUAUGUAACAGUUUCAUAGUUUCGCGUGUUACACUGUUUGUUUUUACUGCUUCUAUACGUUUGUUUAUUGCUUUUUAUUAUUUUGAUUGUACUCAGGGGUGUGUGCAAAGGGUUGGUUAUUAAGUGCUUUUUAACACGUAAUUAAUUAAGGAAGUGUAAAUAUUUUUUUGCAUUAAUAUAGUGUACAUGUACAUUUAUCCAUGUACAUAUUGAUCAAAAUGUAAAAAUGUUCAAGUGCUAUUCGUGUAUGGGUGUUAUGUAUGCCACUGCCAUGAAGGUUUUGUCUAUUUGUUACGUUGAUUUAAUGUUGGAUUUGAAGUUUUCAUUUUAAAAAUCAUGAUUAUAAAAAAAUAUAAUGUGCAUACAAUACAUUUAUAGCAACCGAACAAAUCCUACUUAGUAAAUAAGUUUCCAAAGACGAGCUGCGACUGGAUCGCCUGAGAAUGAGUAACAUUCCUUUUGUUUAUGGUUAAGCAUUCCCUGCCCGCGGGCACGUUUUGUUGUUCCGUCGUUAUCGUAGGUUAGAGAUGUCCCAAGUUAGGCUGUUCACUAACAACGAAUGUGUCUAGUGUUUUUACCUUUAAGUGAACUCCCAAACAAUUGUAUUACUACCACGACAGUUGUACCGAUUAUAACCGCAGCUAUCAGACACAUUAGCCCAAGUAAAUAUUAUGUAUCUAAUGUUUAUUUGUUCUCUGAUGUACAAUGUAUGUAUUCUGUUUUAAAUGUUCAUAUUAUAUAAUGGAACAGUUCUAUAUAUAAGGGCACGGAUUUUAUUAACUUAUUUAUGCAUUUAGUAAAUCAAUAAGCGUCAUUAAUUUGUUACAUUAAAUAUUAAUUGCACAUAGGAAAAUGAGGUUGUAUUCAGGAUUAAUAAAAAUAACCAAAAACAGAUGACAAAUAAUUUGUGUGUAUAUUAUUUAAGAUCAAUAAUAAAUAUUAUAUCAAUAUUAUGAUUGUACAGUUGAUUGAUUCACGUUUUCUUAGAGGAUCCCCGUCAGUUGUAUAUUGUUGAUUUUACGCGUUCACUUGUAUGUGACGUUGGGAUAUCUGUCACGAUAAAAUUUCAUUGUAUCAUAUAACUUGUACAAUAUAAAUAUAUAGAUCCACAAUUAUAAAAGAGAUUAAAUAUUUGCAAAAGUUAA